AUGUCUCAAUACGAAUUUGAUGCCAAAUUUCCAGCUUCCGCUACCCCUCCGAGGCGUAUUACUCCUGAGACCUAUGUCGGAAACCCUUUCAUGAUGAAUGCUGCUUUGGACAAGCUCGACCACGCAUUUUCUGAGGUCAUAUCGAUAUUGGAACAGGAGAGUAGCUCGCAGGAUCUCGAAACCGGAGACAACGUGCUGUUAAACAGAUUCAAGAGCUGGAGAGAUGAGCUGGAAAUGAUCAGGUUGGGGGAAGAAGAUCUGUCGUUCCCUCAGCGUCUCGCUUCGCCGCCAGCACAAAAUGAAGGAGGGUUGUUUGCUGAUUGA